AUGGCAACAGCAGCCCUCUGCCGCGGCGCCCUCCGCCGCUCCGCCGCUCCUCUCACUCUAGGCCUGUCAACAGGCCUCUUCCUUGCCCACCGCCAACGACAACGACACCCCAUGCGCCUCGACGCCGUACCGGCCCCGCGCAGGAGCUCGCCUGUUACCUCGGGGACUGUAAACGAGUCAGAGGAGUGGUUGAACCCAGAGGUGAUCAGGCAGCUCUCAGGGGGAAGUCUUGCAGGUUUCCUGGCUGGCCUGGUCGUCAGUGUCUUCUCGAAAACACUGGUCUUGCUCACGGGGCUCGCGAUUGUUUCUGUGCAGGUGGCUUCACGAUGGGGUGUCGAUCUGCUCGGCUUGCUCAGGAUCCGGCAGCGCAUAGAGUCCUCACGUGUCCUUUCGGCACUCCAAAAGAACCCUACUUUCAAGUUGGCCUUUGGUACCACCUUUGCGCUCGCUGCAUUCAUGCACUUUUAG